UCCAAACUUCUGGCCUGUACUGUAUGUUGCAUAUUUAUUUUUCUAACCCGAUAAAAGAAAUUGAGCAAAAACAAAUGUCAGCUGCAGAUGAUGCUGGUUCUCAGGAAAAUAUUUUAGGUGAGUAAUAUGAUUUUUUUUGUAAACAUAUCAAACUUGACCUUAGAUUUACUGUUUUUCCAUUGCUGCGUGCUCAGUGUCUUCUGCAGAGCGGCACCCAUCUUGGCGGACUUGAACAACUCCCAACGACUCUUCAUGGUCCUCCGGAAGAUCUCGUGCACCUCGUUUUUGUCCUUGUUGACUUCAAUAUAGCUGCGGCUGUACCUGUGCCGGUGCUGGUGUCCGGAAAAAAGGGGAUCAGGACGUUGGGCGUGUGCGUACAUUAUGCAUAUGACACAAUACCUGUUUUCUGCCCUUGUACAAGUGCUUCUGCAGGAGAUGGUGACUGUGGUCCUCCGCGUCCUUGGCACCGUCCAUGGUCAGCUUCUGCAUUUCCAAGCUCACAUAUGGCUCCGGUUCUCUUUUCCUGGGGUAAACAAAUGGUCACGCCGCAAAAGACGGUUCUGCUGAGCAAAAGAACAAACCAGGUCACAGAGUCCACGGUUCUUGCUCCACUCCUGGAAACCCUCAAAGCAGCACUCACGCCAGGAUGGCGGAGAGGGACAGCAUCUCGGCAGUGAGUGAACCUGGUCAGAAGGGAGAGCAGAAACCCAAACGCCACGCCGAGGAGGGAGCCGCCCACCGCCACCACAAAGAAGGAAACUGCCAGAAAAGACGACACACACAGCAACAGGCUGCAGACCACAACCAACUUAAAAAGAAGAUGGCCACACCAAAAAACACCCCCCGGGGCGCACACAACACACCUCUCUCCCCCAACCGCAUCACCCGCCUCCAGGAGAAGGAGGACCUGUGCAACCUCAACGACCGCCUGGCCGUCUACAUCGACAAGGUCCGCAACCUGGAGGCCGAGAACGCCGGCCUGCGUCUGCGCAUCACCGAGUCGGAGACGGAGGUCUCGCGGGAGCUGACGGGCCUCAAGGCGGCCUACGAGACGGAGCUGGCCGAUGCCCGCCAGACGCUGGACUCGGUGGCCAAGGAGCGCGCGCGACUGCAGCUGGAGGUGGGCAAGCUGAGGGAGGAGUACAAGGAGCUCAAAGCCAGGAACACUAAAAAGGAAUCGGACCUGGCGGCAGCAUUGCUGAGGCUCAAAGACUUGGAGGCCUUGCUGAACUCGAAGGACGCCUCCUUGACGACAGCGCUCGGAGAGAAGCGUAGCCUCGAAGCGGAAAACCGGGACCUGAAGACGCAGGUUGCCAAGCUGGACACCAGCCUGGGUGAAGCCAGGAAGCAGCUGCAAGAUGAGAUGCUGAGGAGGGUGGAUGGAGAAAAUCGUAUCCAGACCCUCAAGGAGCAGCUGGACUUCCAAAAGAACCUCCACUCUGAGGAGCUGCGCGAGACCAAGCGGCGCCAUGAGUCUCGCAUGGUGGAGUUGGACAACGGCCACCAGCAAGACUUUGAAAGCAAACUGGCGGAGGCCUUGACGGACAUGCGUAGCCAGCAUGACCUACAAAUUCAACUCUAUAAGGAUGAGCUGGAGAAGACCUACAACUCGAAGCUGGAAGGCGCACGUCAGUCAGCAGACAGGAGCAGCCAUCUGGUAGGUGCGGCGCAUGAGGAGCUCCAGGAGACACGCGUCCGCCUGGAGUCCGUGUCGUCUCAGCUCAGCCAGCUGCAGAAACAGCUUGCUGCCCGUGAAGCAAAGGUGAGAGACCUGGAGGAAGCCCUGUCUCGAGAGCGGGACACCAUGCGGCGCCUUCUUGGAGAGAAAGACCGAGAAAUGGCGGAGAUGAGGCAGCGGAUGCAGCAGCAGCUGGACGAGUACCAGGAGCUCCUGGAUGUCAAGCUGGCAUUAGACAUGGAGAUUUGUGCCUACAGGAAACUCCUGGAGGGCGAGGAGCAGAGGCUGCGUCUCUCCCCGAGUCCGCCCCCGACCACGAUGGCGGUGAGUCGCACCUCGAAUCUGUCGGCUCAUUCGCGAUCGGGCCACUGCGGCUCUGCCGUCAAGAGGCGGCGCCCCAAUGACACGGACAGCGAGGCCUCCAGCUUUGCCGGCGGAGCCGUGGCUCGCACCCGCAUUACCCAGCAGGCCUCUGCCAGCGGACGGGUCACUGUGGAUGAAGUGGACCUGGAUGGGAAAUACGUCCGACUCAGCAAUAAAGCAGACGAGGAUCAAAAUCUAGGGAACUGGCAAGUGAAACGUCAGGUAGGAUCCGGUUCUGCAAUUGCAUUCAAGUUCCCUGCAAAGUUCGUCCUGAAGGCCGGCCAGAGAGUCACGAUCUGGGCUGCUGGUGCUGGUGGAAACCACAAUCCUCCUUCCGAUCUGGUGUGGAAGACACAACCCAACUGGGGCACCGGAGACCAGUUCCAGACCACCUUGAUCAGUGCUAAUGGGGAGGAAAUGGCAAUGAGGAAGGUCACUCGCACACAGCUUGAAGAAGAUGACGACGACCUGCAGGUGGCUCACAGCACCUGCGGGGACAGCGAGUACAACCUGCGUAGUCGCACGGUGGUGUGCGGCUCCUGCGGCCUCCCCUCGGACAAGUCCAACAACUGCUCCGUCGUGUCUUCGGCUUCCCGCUCCUUCCGCAGCGGUGGGAUCUCCGAGGGUUUGCUGCCCCAUUCUUACGUGUUCAGCACCAGCUCGCCUCGCAAGAGUGGAAGAACUGAGAAAUGUCCAAUCAUGUGAGCUUCUGGAGGACCAACACUGUUCAUACCAGUUCCUUUAUGAUUAUGGUACUUUGAUAUAAUCCUUCCAUUUAAUCUGAAAAAUCUACAUACUGCCUUUUUGUGAUAUAUAGAAUAGAAUAGGAUAUACUAUUCAUAUAUACAGGAUUUCUGUAUACAUGAAUAUAGCUUUUUGCUAUUCCGGAUAUACUAGGCAUGCUUUGACUUAUUUUUUUAUAUUUUGUAAAAUUCAUUUAUAGAUGGUGUCAGCCACCUGACAAUGACAUAUGAAGUAGUUUAGUCUAAAACUUUGACAUCUUAAUACUGCUGUUAGGACUUUUUUUUAUAAAAUGCUGAAAAGAGAAUGAAUAAAAUGAUGACUAUUCAUGA